UGCUUUGAGAUCAUAUAGAACAAACUGGGUGUUCCUAUAGAUAGAUCGUUAGCAAUUUCACUCUGGUUACGCUUUUCAGAGAUUGAACUGCAGAGAGUUGAACGUGAAUGUUGCGCGUGCGCCGCAUGUGGCGCAAGCCGCAUUAGCAACUAAACGCACUUUAGAACCACUUCCGGUUAGGGCUACUAGGCAGGCAGAACAAUGCAAACAAACAAGAACCAAAAACAAAAACAAUCAAAUAUAUAAUUUUAGUGCUUGCAGCGCUGAUGAUGGUCAGCGCAGAUUGGUUGGAUUUUGAGUUGAAUGUGAAGUGGAAUAAGAAAGAGAAGCCACAAAUAUGUGGCUCGGUGCUUAUCCUGCGCCGCGUCAUUUCGAGCGGCGUACGAGCAAUUAAAAUUGCACAAUUUAAAUGCUUGUGCAAGCGGCGGCACGCGUCUUGUGUGGCAGAACGGGACGGACGAACGGCCAAUGCGGGUGUAGCCAGAAGAAAGAGGGAGAGAGGACAAGGAGCAUUGCGUUUGUUUUGACAAGUGCGCACAAGUACUGUUGGGAUAUUUAGUUGUGUUGUUAUCGUUCUUGUUGUUGUUGUUGUUGCUGCUGCUGUUGUAGUUACGGCUGGCUCUGUACAUGCCAACAUACAUACAUCAAUGUCUGUACAUACAUAUGUAGCUGUUCAUGCACAAUUUGUCGUCACUUGCGACGACGAUGACUUAAUUUGUUUAGCAGCAGCCCACAAUUAUAGCAGCUGAGUCCCAGAGCUGACCAAAGAGUCAGCCUCAGCUGCCGUCGGCUGCUCAUUCGCACUCAGAGCAGCGUACAGCGUGCACAUACACACAUGUGGGCAGAUUACCAAAUAUGAACAUGGAUAUGGAUAUGGGCAUGCACAUGGAUGCGGAUAUCAACAUUAACAUCAACAUCGACGCCAGCGAAACCCUUGAGUUCUCAUCGUAUCUCCUGUCCUCGUUUGCCGGCGCCGACAGCAAUGGCAGUGGCAGCAAUGUGGGCGGCGAUUCCGAGGACUCGCUUAUUGGCCACGCUCGCAGGCAAGCACCACCUAGACAGAAGAUUAAUGCACGGGAGCGCCACCGUACUUUCAACGUGAAUGCUGCGUAUGAGGCGCUGCGCGGUUUGAUUCCCACGGAGCCUGUUAACCGCAAAUUAUCCAAAAUCGAAAUAAUACACCUGGCCAGCAGUUAUAUAACGCACCUACGCAGCACAUUACACGCAGGCAAGUAAAGUUAUCACUUAUUCAUUUAAUUGUCGCUUGUCCUAAUACACAACUCUCCUCCCACAUCCUCUCCCACAACCAGGAACCGAUAGACAACCCUGUCUGCGUCAGAAGUGGGCGCACAAGUGCGAAAUCGAUGGCAACAGAGUUGCGGAGCGCGUUAACAUUUGCACAUUUUGCAUGAGGCCCAAAUUUUCACAAU